GCCCCCGCCCCGCCUCUAACCUGCGCGCCGGCUGCAGCUCGACCUGCGCCCAGGCCACGGCGGCCAAGAUAACAAGGCUGUGUUCAGCAGAAAUGGAUACGGGAGGAGCAGCCUAGUUCAAAGACUAAGGGAGGCAUCGUCUCUCUUGUCCUGGGAUAUAAACGCGAUUUAGGAGGGCAGAUGCCCUACCUGAAAAGGCCCGACUUUAAAGACCCAGGCGGCGUGGUGGUCCAAGGCGUCUCAAAGCAGGUGGCCAGAUCUGCGUUUCUCAUCAGCGGACUCGCUCCGGCUGUGGCUAUUACGAAUCUGUACCAGAACAGGUUUUUAGGCCUGGCCGCCAUGGCGUCUCCAUCUAGAAACUCCCAGAAUCGACGCCGGUGCAAGGAGCCACUCCGUCACAGCUACAACCCCGGCCAGUUCCACAGCAUGGCCAUUCGGAACGGCCCCCACGGCACCGUCACCAUCCCCCGCUCCACCAGUGACACCGACCUGGUCACCUCAGACAGCCGCUCCACACUCAUGGUCAGCAGCUCCUACUACUCCAUAGGGCACUCACAGGACCUGGUGAUCCACUGGGACAUCAAGGAGGAGGUGGACGCUGGAGACUGGAUCGGCAUGUAUCUCAUCGAUGAGGUCUUGUCAGAAAACUUUUUGGACUAUAAGAACCGUGGAGUCAAUGGUUCUCAUCGGGGCCAGAUCAUCUGGAAGAUUGAUGCCAGCUCUUACUUUGUGGAACCUGAAACUAAGAUCUGCUUCAAAUACUACCAUGGUGUGAGUGGAGCCCUCCGAGCCACCACCCCCAGUGUCACAGUCAAAAACUCUGCAGCUCCUAUUUUUAAAAGCAUUGGCUCUGAUGAGACUGUCCAAGGGCAAGGAAGUCGGAGGCUGAUCAGCUUUUCUCUCUCAGAUUUCCAGGCCAUGGGGUUGAAGAAAGGGAUGUUCUUCAACCCAGACCCUUACCUGAAGAUUUCUAUUCAGCCUGGAAAGCACAGUAUCUUCCCUGCCCUCCCACACCACGGACAGGAGAGGAGAUCCAAGAUCAUAGGCAACACCGUGAACCCCAUCUGGCAGGCCGAGCAAUUCAGCUUUGUGUCCUUGCCCACUGAUGUUCUGGAAAUUGAGGUGAAGGACAAGUUUGCUAAGAGUCGCCCCAUCAUCAAGCGCUUCUUGGGAAAGCUGUCGAUGCCCGUACAAAGACUCCUGGAAAGACACGCCAUAGGGGAUAGGGUGGUCAGCUAUACACUUGGCCGCAGGCUUCCAACAGAUCAUGUGAGUGGACAGCUGCAAUUCCGAUUUGAGAUCACUUCCUCCAUUCACCCAGAUGACGAGGAGGUUUCCCUGAGCGCCGAGCCCGAGGCCGCGGACACCCAGGACAGCCCCGGGAGCAGCCUGCUGGCCAGCAGCGUCGGGGGGCCGCCGGCCGACGCCCCGCAGCCGUCGGGGAGCUCGGGGAGCUCGCAGCCCCAGCCGCCGCCGCCGCCCAGCCGGGGCAGCGCGGGGGACGCUGCGGGGAGCCGGAGCGUGCAGCCGGCCGAGGGCGCGGCGGGUACCACCGAGGCAGGAGAGGACGGCGCUGCGGGGGCCGACGCGGCCGGGCCUCUUCUGGGCGCGGGGUGCGUGGACGCGGAGCCCGCGCGGAGCGCCGAGGAACUGGCCGAGCGGCUGGAGCUGGGCGGGGAGGCGCCCCCCGCGGGGCUGCCGGGCGCCGGGGAGCCCACGGAGGAGGAGGCGGCAGGGGCGGAGGAGGCGGAGGCGGAGGAGGCGGCGGAGAGCAGCGCGGGGGGCGAGCCGGCGGCGCAGGAGGACAACGCGGCGGCCUCGGAGCCGCGGGAGCUCGGGCCGCAGCCGCGGGCCUCGGGGAAGAGGAAGAGCCGGCCCUGCUCCUUGCCGGUGUCCGAGCUGGAGACGGUGCUGGCGGCGGCCUGCGGGGAGCCCGAGACCCCGCGGACGCACUACAUCCGCAUCCACGCGCUGCUGCACAGCCUGCCCUCGGCCCAGGGCGCCAGCGACGACGAGGCCACCCUGCGGGAUGCCUCGGACAAGGACGGCCCGAGCGAGGCGGACACGCUGGCGGCCGCGGCCCCCGCCCUCGGGGGGGACGGGGAGGAGCCCGGCGGCGCCGCAAGCCCGGGCCACGCGGGCCCAGCCGACGGGCUCGACGGCGACACGCUGCCGAGCACGGGCAGCGAGAGCGACUCGAGCCCCCGGCAGGGCGGGGACCACAGCUGCGAGGCCUGCGACGCGUCGUGCUGCAGCCCCUCGUGCUACAGCUCCUCGUGCUACAGCGCGUCCUGCUACAGCGGCUCCUGCCGCAGCGCCUCGUGCCACAGUGCGUCCUGCUACAGCGGCGGCAGGUUCGCCAGCCACACGCGCUUCUCGUCCGUGGACAGCGCCAAGAUCUCCGAGAGCACCGUCUUCUCGUCGCAGGACGAAGACGACGAGGAGAACAGCGCCUUCGAGUCGGUGCCCGACUCGGUGCAGAGCCCGGAGCUGGAGCCCGAGGUGGCCUCCGGGGCCGGGCCGUGGUCCGACGAGCUGGCGCCCCCCGCCGGGAGCGCGGCGACGACCGCGGAAGGCCUGGAGUCCCCCGCCGCGGGGCCGAGCGGUCGGAGAGAAGGUGAAUGUCCUAUACUCCAUAAUUCCCAGCCAGUAAGCCAGCUUCCUUCCUUGAGGCCUGAACAUCAUCACUACCCAACAAUCGAUGAGCCUCUUCCACCAAACUGGGAAGCUCGCAUUGACAGCCAUGGGCGGGUGUUUUAUGUGGACCACGUGAACCGCACGACCACCUGGCAGCGUCCGACAGCAGCAGCCACCCCUGACGGGAUGCGGAGAUCAGGGUCUAUCCAGCAGAUGGAGCAACUCAACAGGCGGUAUCAAAAUAUCCAGCGAACUAUUGCCACAGAGAGGCCCGAAGAAGAUUCUGGCAACCAAAGUUGUGAGCAGGUCCCAGGAGGAGGCAGUGGAGGAGGUGGGAGCGACUCAGAGGCCGAAUCUUCUCAGUCAAGCUUAGAUCUGAGGAGAGAAGGGUCACUUUCUCCGGUGAAUUCACAAAAAAUCACCUUGCUGCUGCAGUCCCCAGCGGUGAAGUUCAUCACCAACCCUGAAUUCUUCACCAUACUACACGCCAACUAUGGUGCCUACCGAGUCUUCACCAGUAGCACCUGCUUAAAGCACAUGAUCCUGAAGGUCCGGCGGGACGCCCGCAAUUUCGAGCGCUACCAGCACAACCGCGACUUGGUGAACUUCAUCAACAUGUUUGCAGACACGAGGCUGGAAUUGCCCCGGGGCUGGGAGAUCAAAACGGACCAGCAGGGAAAGUCUUUUUUCGUGGACCACAACAGUCGAGCUACCACUUUCAUUGACCCCCGAAUCCCUCUUCAGAACGGUCGUCUUCCCAAUCACCUGACUCACCGACAGCACCUCCAGAGGCUCCGGAGCUACAGCGCUGGAGAGGCUUCAGAAGUCUCUAGAAACAGAGGAGCCUCUUUACUGGCCAGGCCAGGACACAGCCUUGUAGCUGCUAUUCGGAGCCAGCAUCAACAUGAGUCAUUGCCACUAGCAUAUAAUGACAAGAUUGUGGCAUUUCUUCGCCAGCCAAACAUUUUUGAAAUGCUGCAAGAGCGUCAGCCAAGCCUGGCGAGAAACCACGCACUCAGGGAGAAAAUCCAUUACAUUCGGACUGAGGGUAAUCAUGGGCUUGAAAAGUUGUCCUGUGAUGCAGAUCUAGUAAUUUUGCUGAGUCUCUUUGAAGAAGAGAUUAUGUCCUAUGUCCCACUGCAGGCUGCCUUCCACCCUGGGUACAGCUUCUCUCCCCGCUGUUCACCCUGUUCCUCACCUCAGAACUCCCCAGGUUUACAGAGAGCCAGCGCAAGAGCCCCUUCACCCUACCGGAGAGACUUUGAGGCCAAGCUCCGCAAUUUCUACCGAAAACUGGAAGCCAAAGGAUUUGGUCAGGGUCCAGGGAAAAUUAAGCUCAUCAUUCGUCGGGACCAUUUGUUGGAGGGAACCUUCAAUCAGGUCAUGGCCUAUUCCCGGAAGGAGCUUCAGCGAAACAAGCUCUACGUCACAUUUGUUGGAGAGGAGGGCCUGGACUACAGUGGUCCUUCGCGAGAGUUCUUCUUCCUUUUGUCUCAGGAGCUCUUCAACCCAUACUAUGGACUCUUUGAGUACUCUGCAAAUGAUACCUACACCGUGCAGAUCAGCCCCAUGUCCGCGUUUGUGGAAAACCAUCUCGAAUGGUUCAGGUUUAGUGGUCGUAUCCUAGGCCUGGCUUUGAUCCAUCAGUACCUUCUCGAUGCCUUCUUCACGAGGCCCUUCUAUAAGGCACUCCUGAGACUGCCCUGUGAUUUGAGUGACCUGGAAUAUUUGGAUGAGGAGUUCCACCAGAGUUUGCAAUGGAUGAAGGACAACAACAUCACAGAUAUCCUAGACCUCACUUUCACUGUUAACGAAGAAGUCUUUGGACAGGUAACCGAAAGGGAGUUGAAAUCUGGAGGAGCCAACACCCAGGUGACGGAAAAGAACAAGAAGGAAUACAUCGAGAGGAUGGUCAAGUGGCGGGUGGAGCGUGGUGUGGUACAGCAGACGGAGGCGCUGGUGCGGGGCUUCUACGAGGUCGUAGACUCAAGGCUUGUGUCCGUGUUCGACGCCAGGGAGCUGGAGCUGGUGAUCGCUGGGACCGCGGAAAUCGACCUGAACGACUGGAGGAACAACACGGAGUACCGGGGCGGGUAUCACGAUGGGCAUCUUGUGAUCCGCUGGUUCUGGGCCGCCGUGGAGCGCUUCAAUAAUGAGCAGAGGCUGAGAUUACUUCAGUUCGUCACAGGAACAUCAAGCGUGCCCUACGAGGGCUUCGCUGCCCUCCGAGGAAGCAAUGGGCUUCGGCGUUUCUGCAUAGAGAAGUGGGGGAAAAUUACGUCUCUCCCCAGGGCACACACCUGCUUCAACCGAUUGGAUCUUCCACCUUAUCCCUCGUACUCCAUGUUGUAUGAAAAGCUGCUAACAGCAGUAGAAGAAACCAGCACCUUUGGACUUGAAUGAGGACAUGGAAACUCACCUGACAUUUUCCUGGCAGUCACAUCACCCUUUCUGGGAUGAUCCCCUUGCCCUUUCCCUGAAUCAACUCUCCUUUGAUUUUGGUAUUUCAUGAUUUUUAUUUUCAAACCAAAUCAGGAUUGACAAAAGCUGUGCAUGAAGAACUGCCUUCUUCUGAGAUCCAACCUUCAGGCUUAUCUCCUCUAUUCUCGAUGAACUGCUAGCCUGUAUGCAAUAUUAAACAACAGCUGUCUCAAGGUCUGUGUGUAUCUCCACAUACCUCCAUUACUAACAAUGAAAUAGGAAUGCAAGUUAUGCUACACUUGACCAAAUGGUAAUAAAAGUUUACUUCCAUUUAUAUAAAUGUAGGGAAAUUUGAGCAUUAAGCAUUCCGAGCUUUUAUACGCCCAUGUCUUCUGAGCAGAGCCACCAUUUUUUAUAAUUUCUAAUAACCAACUCCAGGUCUAGGAGCCAAUCAACAAUUUCUUUUCCUCCCACUCUCCUUUUCCCCAUGCAUACCAUCCAUCCAAAAACAGCAGUGGCAAAGCUGAAGUUUUUAUACAUUCAACUCAUGAUUCAUAUAUGGCAUCAGUCCCAUCAGCUGGAACUAACCUAGAUAUAUGGUGCAAAUAUUACAUUUUCCAACAAAUAACAACAGCAAGAAAAAUGCCUCCUGCUGAUGCAAUGCAGUGCAUCUCAAUGGUUGUGGGGAUUGUGGCUCAACCUGAGUGUAGAGAGGUCUAGGAGGGGCACGCCCCCUGUGAACACUCACCACACAAGAAGCAGAAACUUGUGCACACGAAGGAGAUCUCAUUACGUAGCAUAAAGGAUGAGGCUUCUACCCCCAUGGUGUUGUGUAGAAUGUGAUGAAGCAAACAGGAGAGAGGGAAGAAGACCAUAUUAGGUUGGUUUGAAUACCUGAGUUCUGUACUGUUUUGUUUUGCUUUGCUUUGUCCUGUCUAGCUACAGUUCUCCUUCUCAAAGGAAAAAAAAUAAUAAUCUCAUGAGAUAAACUCAUAACUUCUUUGUUAAAGAUAAUUGGCAAAUGGACUUUUGUUUUAACUUUGAUAUUGUUUUUUUAUGCUACUUUUUUCCUUUUCUUUUCUUUAUUGUGGUGUUCAAAUUCCUUCACAUCUGAUUGUCCACAGGGACACACUACAUGAGAAGCUGCAGAGAGUGAUGGUGCUUGUUCGGGGUCAAGGGCAAUAUAGUACUCCUUCUUCAUCCAUAACAAUUCUCCUGGAGCAGACACCUAACACCCCAAAGGCACAUUGAUUUGUCAAAAUAGAUAUCCAGUUUCUUUUAGCACUCAGUAAAAGAGAGAUCUCAGAAAACUUAGUGUUUUCAGAAAAACGGUUGCAGGCUCCAAAUACAGCCGAACCUCUUGAUUACAUUUGGAAUAAGUCCAAACAUAAUGGUCAUUUCUAUUUUUCUAACCUUGUUAUCCAUGUGGUCUGAAAUAUGUCAUAUGUGAAAGUGUUUUUCUUCACUGGGAAAAGAAGAGUUAAAGGGGCCCCCGUUAUUGAAAUGUCACCUUGUUGUUUCCAAUAUAUUAAACAAGGGACAAAUGUGAGAAAUGUAAGAUAAAGUGAAUUUCACAGGAAGCCAUGCCUUGUGCUCAUUGUCUCAGUUUGAAUCCAGGCAGUGCAUUGUGUUUCGUGUGCUCCAAAAUGAAACUUCUUUCAGUAGGAAUAUUUAGUAUGCCCAGCACCCCUUGCUGCUGUGUUUCUAUUGUCAAUCAGGAAAUAACACGUUACCAAAAUUUAGCUUUCUGUCACUGUCUAAAAAGAAUAUUUACCAAGAUAAGAUGGAAUGUGCAUAUUACAUAAUAUAAAUUUGAAGGAUCUGUAAAAUUCAGUAUACAUGUCAAGUAUCUGAAAAGUUAUGGAUUCCAAUGGAGCUAUUAUUUACACAAACCAGAGCAUAAGAAUUAUGCAAAUAAUUUCACCAUUUUACCUCUUUGAACAGCAUCUCUAGUAUAGGGAACAUCUUUUGUUUUUAGAACUUAGUGUUACACAUGUGUAUGACUUAUUAAUUCAAGCACUUGAUUCUUUUUUAGUACUUAUCUUCUUCAUUAAGCAUUGGCAACAGAGGAAGAUGUUUAAAAGAUGGAACCUGCUCCUGGGGAGCUUUACAAUGUACAUAAAUAUCUAAUUAACACCUUACUUAGAUUAUUUGAUAUCUAUUCUACUCAUACAUGGAAGGAACAAGGUACCCUAGAAAAUAUAUAGAGAUGAGAUAUCUUAGGCAUAAAUGGUUUUCCAACCAAAGUUUUCCUUCUUUCCAUUCCCCCCCUCCCACCCUGAUGCCCUGGCGCUAAACGUAUCCCACAAAACAUUGUACAAUCAGUAUUUGGUAAAAGUAUACAAUUCCAAAAGGAAAUGCUGAUGUCAAAGUCAGCUGAAAGAAUGCAAAGCUUGCUUGACAGGGUCCCGGAUUCUAUUACAGCCUUGUACAGAAUCCCAAGUGAAGACAGAGAGGAGAGGCAUACAGACAGUUGUUAUGGAAAGAUCCUAUGAUUUUCAAGUGAUGUUUCUUUAGCUAUUAUUCCCUAAUGUAUGAGGCUGGAAUACAUGAAAAUUGUAUGUGUGUGUUUGUGUGUAUGUUUUAUAUAUAUAUAAUUAUGCUCUUAAUUCCACCAGCUGGAGGUGUAAGCCUCCCCCAAUCAUAUGACAGUAUGAGCAAGACAGAUCUGUUUGUUACCACUAAUAAUUUGUUUUUAAUUUAAAAGUGUGAGUUUUCUCCAUGGAGGCAUAUUAUAAUACUAAUCACUUAUAAACCACAAUUCCCCUAAAACCAAACUUUUAGAAAUAGUUUUGGUAAGAGUCUAUUACCUUUAAUUGGGGGAACAAACAAAAAAUAAGAGAAACCUUACAUUUCAAGUAGAAAAAUACUUUUAAAAUGCUAUGAAGUGUUAUAAUAAUUUCUUGGAUAUGACAUCUUAUUCUAUUAUAUGAAGAUGAUAAUCCUAAAAAUAGAAAUUGCCUCUACUGGGUCAGGAGUUCUCUGGAACCUCCUGUGUAUAUAAGUUGGCAGCAGUUGUGAGAACUUUUUACUACCACCACCAAUGCAGCACACUUGCUUGGAGGGCAAUGAGGAAAUUAAAAAGAGAUAAGUGAUCCCUUGGCAGGCUUCUAAAUCUUUUUCUCUUUUAAUUCAUGACCAUAUGUCCAUUAGCGGUGAGUAUAUUUGCGUGCAAGUCGAUAAGCCAGACCUUCUAUCUGAUAUUUGACAAAUAUCUAUGAUAUUUGUCAGCCAUGUGUCAAACCAUGUGUCCAAAAUUUGGGUUCAAAAAAUUUCUCAAUUGCCACAAAUGUUUUCCCAGUCAAGAUGAAACACUUUCAAAUGAAAGUAGUUAGAACUUUACAUAACAAAUGUGGUGCUUUAUUAUUAUUAUUAUUAUUAUUAUUAUGUACUUCAGUGUUCAUUAUUAAAACUACUGCAAUACUAUAUCAUAAAAAUCGGGGAUGGAUGUUCUAGCCAUCAUAAGGUCCAAAAGAAAAAAAUGUUAUUUUCCUGUUAGUGACAUGUAGUCCCUUUGUUCUAGUAGAAAAAAAAGGUGCCUAGAGGUAGUAUAUAGAGUAAAUAUUGUUCCAUUAGCCUACUUCCUGCAGCUUCCAAUUUAUCUAAGGAAAUGUCUAUAACACUUUUGUUAAACGUCUUUGUUCUAGUCAAUAGCAGGAGAAGUCCACAUUACUGGGCUGAUUUUGCUUACAUCAACAAGAAAAAUGUCACGUGAUACUCAGGCCGAGCUUUCUCUUCCAUCACACCACCUUCAAGGAAUGUCAAUAAACUCACUUUGGUAUGGCA